ACAUUCAUAUUGUGCCUGAUGCAGCACCCUCUCCUUUACGUAUAAGCAUAAACAGAAGGAACUGUUUUCCCCUAUUUGGUGCCACUGACGGGAAAAAGCAAGGAGGCACUCUGUCCUAGAUAAAACACAGACAUCCUCCAGUAAGACAAGGAGAGGGGCACAGAGGGGCAGGCAGAGAGAAAAGGGACAGACUCAAGGACAAACAGGGACAUGAGGACAGAGAGAAUCAGCCUGCAGAGACAGGUGGCGAAGUGGCUGAAGCGACGAGGGAAAAGUGGAGACGAAUAAUGAAAAGGUGGUUGCACCAUCUGCUGCCCGAGAGAGAAACAUGUUAUGAUGAGAGCAGAGGAGGCAGCCUGCGAUCCGCAACGAGACAUGCACAUCGCCUCCUCUGAAUGGUGAGUGACUACAUGGGCUGUUUGCGUUUGCGUGUGUGUGUUUACAUUUCCCUGUGUGAGGGAAGGUGUUUGGAUCAUUAAUAACCGACAGUAUGCUCGUCAUAGUCAGUCCAUGAGCAGCAGCCUCCUCAGUGUUGAGUCUCUCCCUGCAGGCGUGCAUUUUCUCUCAUGCUUCCUCCACAUCAAAACAAACCAAGAGAAGUCAGUGCAUUUUCACCGUUGCAGCUGCACAACUAGAAUUUGCAUGUUUUUGCACAAAAUGUGAAUUGGCCUCUGUGCAUGUUCAAUUUUUUUUUACUCAAUAUUCGACCAAAUUAGGAGAGAAAGUGUAAUUUCAACUGAGGAAUGGUUUUUAUUAUUUCUCUCCAGAGGCAGAGAAGUAUUUGAUGUCUUGUCUCUCCUGUUCAUGUGACUUGAGUUUAGAUUUUUCAGUAGCAGAACAGGAAAUACUGGGAUAUUUGUAAUUACAAUGUUGGCCCGUGAUUUAAGACGCUGAUGACAAUAGAUGUUCGGUAUGUGUUUAUGAGUGCACCUUCUACUAAGGCACCUCAGCACAGUUUCAAAACUCUCAUGGUUGAUCUAUUUGUAUUGUAGUAAACUCUGGUUUAUUCUGACAUACUGGGAAAAAGUUUUUCUACCAUGUCUAGACUGAAAAUAGAGUAUUAUGAUUUCUUUUUUUUUUUUUCUUACUUUUUUUUUUCUUUAUGAAUCUCAAUAUUUUAAUUGGCCAAUUGUCUUAUAAUAACUCUGCAGAGGUAUUUGCAGAGUUAAAAUAGAAUAGAAUAGAAUUCAUUGUCAUUGUGAUAAGCAUGAAAUUAAAAAGUGCCUUUACAGUCAGUGAAUUAAAAAAAAGGGACAAGAAAACAGAGUUAAGAAAUUAAAACUGCAACCAUAAAUACAUAGGCAACACAUCAUCUGGCUUUCACAGAGAUGUUAAUGGAACGGACAGUGUAAAAUAGGCCAAACAAACAUGCUUAACUGUAGGUGAAAUGUUGGUUAAGCAUCAUCUUCUUUGUGCACCCAAACAAAAACAUGCUAAAAUGUACCUUUUACCCCCACUUCCACGCCCUUAAAACCCUUAAAAAACACUUCACAGGGUGGAUUUGGUGUGCCUCAGCCCACUCGGCACCUCUGCCCUCUGAAUCAGAGCCUUCUUGAUGGAUCGUAUUCAUGCACUUGAUACUGAUUCAGUUGCUUCUGCCAGUUGUAUGUUUUGGAUCAAGAGGCUAUAUUUUGUGGUGUUAAUGUGCCUGUUGUUGUCUGUAACUUUACCUGUGAUGUGGCUUUAAAAACUGAUUAUAAUUGAUUUACAUUCAGGGAAGUUUUGGCCUAUUUUAGUGGAUAUACUGUUGGGUUGAAUAAGGGUUGAAUUCUUUGACUUCUGCCAGCACCACUGGUGUGUCUGGAGAAAACCAAGCCUGGGUGUUUUUCUUCUUUAAGAGGCUUGUGUUUGUCUGGCAGGGAUCAUAUUGAUUAUGGCCACCCGUGUGUGUUUGCGUUUGUCCUCAUGAGUCAUACUCCCCUUAUAGUUGUCUCGUCUCGGUCCCAGAGGACAAUCUUUAUCCCCCCCUCUGGGACAGAAGCCCCGCUGAUACACUCACUCUGCAUUCAGACAUUGGCCUGAUAUAAUUACUUACCGUACUGAAAUUUUCCAAGGUCAGAGCCGGCCAUUAAUCAUCAGACUUUGAAAAAACUAACAAACAGAAAACAUGCAAGCGUGUACAUAUGAAGAGCUUUAUGAUAGUAUACCGACAUUUAUGGACACAGCAGGACCAACUUAAACUCAUUUCCAUAAAGUCUAACUAGGUUUGUUAUAAAUAAAACUACACACACACACAGACACUCGCACACGCACAUACACACGUACUGUCACAUUCUGGCUGGCCAAGUUGUGGUAUCCUAGCAACAGAGACAGACAUCGACCACUCUGUCUUUUCCUGUCCAGCGCUGGAGCUGUGAAGCCAAACCGCCCUCCUGCUUUCUCUGCUGCUGGAGCACACCAGUCUCCUCUCCGCUUCACACCUCUGUUUUUGGUCUCAUCUCCGUCUUUCCGCAUCACUUCGACCUGAUGUGCACUAUACAUCUCUCUCUGAAUUAAUAUUUCUCUUUCAUCCAAGGAGUCAGAGCGAGGACUCUGCAGCUGGAAGGCGGGAGAUUUUCUUCAAAGAGGUAAAGGCUGAGCUUCAGUUUAUCGAGGGUGUUCACUGCUCUUACUUUCUUUGCUUUCUGCAGCUUGAUGCUUAAUUUUUGUAGAAAAUAUUCCAGAUUCUGUCUUUGAAAGGACAAAGAGGAUAAUUGCUUCUGGAUUUUGCUUUGUUUGGAUGCUUUCAAACAUGAAUGUAUUGUCUUUUUUCUCUCAGGGUGAAUUUUUCCAGUUCUGAGGAGUGCUACGAUACAAACAUACAACAAGCAGCAUCCAUAUGAGGCGUAGCAGCCUGUGCCAUCUCCACUUUGGGUAAGACAGAGGAAAGCACACUGAGGACAGGGAUUUUGCAGCUGAGAUGAUAAGUUUCCAAAAGGAGUGAAAGAGAAAAAGGAUUUGGGAGUUUUCAACAAAAAUCCAGGUUGGAUCGCCUGUGAUGCACACUCCAGCCUCCAUGGUGAUGGGGAUCGUCUUUUCCCCUUUGGGGUUGGUCCUCGUCUUCACUGCGGCCAUCACCCCACAGUGGAGAGAGGGGCAAGCACGCUUGGGUAUGUCUGGGCCAGGAUCAGUGCUCCGGUUAGGGGUGAAAGGUCAAGGGUCAGUGGAUUCCCUACUCUUGCUCCGCUCUGAUGGGCUUUGGGAGAGCUGCCUGCAAGUGGAGCAGUCAGAGCUGAAGCAGUGCUGGCCUGUCGCAGGUCCGUACCAGAGGGACCCAAGAGUUCGUCUCACUCAGGGUUUGAUCCUGACCUCACUGUUCCUGUGCGGCAUCGGUAUUGUUCUUGCAUGCAUCGGGGUCCGCUGUUGGACCGAUCUUCCUCUGAGAGGUGUAGCAGCGACAGGAGGACUCUUGGUGGUGAUUGCUGGGGUUUUAAGUUUGACCGCUCUCGGGGUGUACACACACAACCUUGGGAUUUUGGGAAUGAGCAGUCAAGGAAUUAAUAAUCCCAGACUCCCCCAGCUCAGCCUGCGUGCAGCAGGCUCUCUUUACUUUGGCUGGCUAGGUUCAUGUUUGCAGGUGCUGGGAGGAAGCGCUCUGCUAUUCAGCUUCAAACGACCCAAAUGUCCAACCUGCCCAUCCUGCCCGGAGCUCCCAGCUUGUCCCGCAUGUCGCUCAUGUCCAGAGAUCGCAAACAAACCAGACACAGAUGUAUAUGAGGUCAGCUGUUAGGCUAAAGACGCACCUGGACAUACACAUCCAACCGAUCAGCUACUCAAUCUGACUGCAAAUGAAGUGAGAUAAUUCAUGUAUGACUGUGAGCUGCAGGACAUCACCACUGCCUCAGUGAUGAACUCUGAAAAUGAGUAUGAACAUGAACAGAUGGAUACGAUCGCCUCAUGCACGGACACACACCAAGUUUUGGGAUGAAAAAAUACAAAAUAAUGCAUCAGAGAUUGUCAUAUUUUCAUCAAAAUCUCCAUUGUUGAAAAAAGAGCUUCGGUUCCUGCUGCCUUUAACUGCAACAUGUAGUAAAAAAAAAAGACUCAAGUGUCUUUAUGUGCUGCCUUUAGUUUUGUAGCCAUGCAUACGUACUGUUAGCAAGCAACAUGUUUUUUUGUGUCCGAACAAAACUGUGAAAUGUAAAUAUUUGUGAUAAAUUCAAAGAGCUGAUAGCUGAAGUUAUUUUGGAGCUUUACAGAAACAGUGUUUGAGCUUGUUUCAGAUACCGAACAAAAGGUGGAUUUUAUCUGUGUUUGAGUUUGGCUCCACUUGUUAAUAUUAAAUAGUCAUAGAAAAAAGUUUUUGUUGAAAGAAAUUUAUCAUUUAUUUGGAAAAGGAUAUGCAAUCUGCUUUUAAUAUUGUCAUGACUAAGUCCCAUUUUAAAAGAAAAUUAUUAUUUGCUCAGCGAGGUACUUGUAUGAUAGAUGAGGAGCUCUUCUCUGGUAAUUAUGGGACUCCAUGAUACAAAUGCUGAGAAGAAACAAAGUGUUCGAGUAGGAGGAUGUAAUACAGGGUGUUGUUUGUUCUUUGCUAAUGAAUCAUUGUUGUAGACUCGCAAUAUUGUGUUCAUACCUGGUGAUGCGUGCUGCAUUGAAUAAAACAUUUUAGCAGCAUU